UACUUUCUCCGGUCUCACAUUAAAAAAUUUCAAUAGAAUUACAAAAUUUUUAUGUUUUUGAUAUAAUAAAUACACAGAUAUAAAGAAAAAAUAGUAUUCAAUUGUUGUGGUGGUGCGAGCGAUGGGCAGUAAGCAGAGCCGUAAUCGACGGCGUCGUUCUGAUAGUGAGAAUACUCCACAUUCUAGUGGAGUACACAGUACAGAGUCGUGUGGUUGUUGUAAUCCAGACUGUGAACUAAAUUCUGCACAUAGAGACCAACAGCAGUCGAAGCAAAAACGCGGCCAGCCUAGAUCUAGGUCAAACAGCCAGAACAAUCCAAGAGCUGUAAAUGUUGUAACCGAGCAACAGCCCUAUGAUGCACCGCCUAUGUGUCAUUCACAUACAAAUGUUUGUUUGAGUCCGUCGAAGAGUCAUCUAAUAGCGACGCGUGUGGUCAUUUGCAAAAAGAGUACCAACUUCAAUCGAUAGAUUACGGUUUGCUUCGCUCUAUAGCGUAAUGAAAAUAUCAAUUAUUUAGCAGUGUCAUACAAAUAUUUGCGUUGAAAAGAAAACUCGGAAAUAUUCUAAUCAAAAUUACUUAAAUCAACAAAAAACAAAAAAAUAUAAAAAAAUAACUAAAUAGAAAAAAAAGUGAAUUGUAAAUAAAAUUAUAUAGCUCCGGCUAUAGUUGCGGUCGUAGAAAAGCGGCACUGCUAAAAAGUCGACAACUUCAACGUCUUCGUCAGCAACACUAGUCUCGAUGCGCCAAAAGCAAGUUAGUGUUGUUGUUGAGAAAUGGGUAUAGGUGGAAGUGCACAGCGUCGUGCUCAACAUUGUUCACGCUCUCCCGCUGCACAUCGGUACGACGAUCCCCCUAGGUCACACAAUGUAUCACGCAAUGUGAGUGCCCUAAACGUGGGACCGCGAAUCGUUGUACCCGCAACUACUUAUAUAGAUCGGUCCAACGAGUACGAGGUCAUGCAGUGUACGUCGGCUAGAUCGCUAAAUUAUGGCCAGCCUAAGCAAACGUCAUCCAUGCAUUCUCGCAUAGAAUCACGGACAUGCGAUUAUGACACUUCAACACAAUUUGCAGCACCACUGCCACUUCCGCCUCCGCCAUUCCGCAGUCCAGAUGAAUUGUGCAAUUGUAAAGCUUGCAAGGCAAAAGAUGAGGCUUUAGCAGCAUCUUUACCUACAUCAUCAGCUGCAACCUCUACGUAUGUACCUCCAAAUCAAUGCUCGCGAAGCACAAUCACUCAGCCACGAGCCACUGCUACACCCGCCAGAGCAUACGCCGAUUGCGCAUCGUCUUAUUCAAAUCCCCAGAGAAAUGCGUCGAAUCGCAAUUUAAAUACGUGCCCUACAUGUGGAACAUCCACUUCCAGGGCUCAAAUCAAUUGCUCUGCCGAACGUCCUGUAGCUACUUGCUCUAACCGAAAUAGUAAAAUAUUUGCAGCUCCAUCGACUCGAAUACAUCAAACGGCAAUAGCAACACAAACUGAGCCUCAAAAACCAGCUCACUCGGGCUACGAUGAUGCCGCAGCUAUACCAAGUGGUGGCGCUACUUCCGACUGUACAACAGAUUUUCAACAGGAAUGCUUGGAGGCGCAUAAUCGGUUUCGAGCACGUCAUCAAAACUGUCCAGUCCUAACGCUGAGCAGUGAUUUGAGUCGCUACGCACAACAAUGGGCUAAGCACUUGGCUUCAUCGGGCCGCCUGGAACAUCGCCAAGUGCACACCUAUGGUGAGAAUUUGUAUACAUCCCGCGGUAUGGAGGUAAAUGGCUCAACGGCAGUAAAAAGUUGGUACGAUGAGGUGCGCUACUAUGAUUUCUCCAAACCAAAUUACAAGCCCGGCACAGGGCAUUUUACACAAGUUGUCUGGCGGGAAAGCCGACAAUUGGGCGUCGGUAUUGCGACUAGAGGUGAUACUACGUAUGUUGUGUGUAACUACAAUCCACCUGGUAAUAUAAUUGGAAGUUUUGACAGUAUGGUGCCACCGCUGAAGUGAAGGAUGGGGAAAAAUUACCAAUAAAAUGUGAUACAUUAAAAAAUUAAAUUUGUAAAUGUUUGCAAAACAUAAUCUAUGUGAGGGACGCAGUAAAAUAGUAGUAAUAUCACCUUAGAGUUCGGCGAAUCAUUUGUAAAAUUUUUAGUUUUAGGCACGGUGUUGCUACUGUUCUACUGCGCCCGUUUUGGAGUCACAAAUGCACUCUUAGUUGAAGAACAUGAACAAACAUUAUUUAUAAGAAGCAAUAUAAAAAUUAAUGCCAAACAUAUAAGAGAUUUUAUGACCCAUUAUGCUUAUAUUAUAUUCUUAAAUACACUUCCUUUUUAUAUAAGAACUCUUUUAUACUAUAAAA